UUAAGCCAAGACGUUGUCAGAUGAAACAUCUUAAAUUCAACGGAUUCAUAGGCAAUCGGCAAAAAACCCUAGCGCCAAGACCCAGAAAAAGAAACAAAGAAACGCAAAAAAGAAAAGAAAAGGACCCAACAUCGUCAGAUGUUGCUCAGUCCACUCUUCCCAACGCCACUCCAUCUCUCUCCUCCGCGCACGCUCCCCACGCCACUUUCUCUCUCCUCCCCCUCCUCUCCCCCACCCCCACCACCACCACCACCACCACCUCCGUCACUACAAAAGCGCUCCCUCUCCACCACCAAGACGCCCUCGCACUCGCACUCGCCGCCGCGAAGCAGCACGACAGACCCUCCAGCCCGAACCCUCCGACGAGCCCUCCCCCGCCGCCGCCGACGAUGGAGUCGCUGAUCCUCCGGCUUCACGAGAUCUCCGCCGUCAAGUUCGGCAGCUAACUCAAGUCCGGCAUCUCGUCCCCCAUCUACAUCGACCUCCGCCUCAUCGUCUCUUACCCCGAGCUCCUCCGUGACAUCUCCCAGGCGCUCAUCUCCUCCGUCGCCUCCGCCGGCUUCGACAUCGUCUGCGGCGUCCCCUACACCGCGCUGCCCAUAGCGACGUGCGUCUCCGUCCAUAAUAACAUCCCGAUGGUCAUGCGUCGCAAGGAGGUCAAGGACUAUGGUACUUCCAAAGCGAUUGAAGGUGAAUUCAAGAAGGAUCAAGUGUGCUUGAUCAUCGAGGAUUUGGUGACGAGCGGCGCGUCGGUGCUGGAAACGGCUGCCCCGCUGCGCGCUGUGGGGUUGAAGGUAACCGACGCGGUGGUGCUGAUCGAUAGAGAGCAAGGAGGGCGAGAGAAUCUGGAGCAGAAUGGGAUCAAGCUGCACGCGAUGAUAAAAUUGACCGACAUGGUGAGGAUCUUGAAGGAGAAGGGGAAGCUAGGGGAUGAUGUGGAGGCCACCGUGCUGAAGUUUCUUGAGGAGAACAACAGGGUGGCUGUGCCGGCGAAGGAAGUGAAGGCGAAAGCUAGGUUUUUGGGGUAUGGGGAGAGGGCAAAGUUGUCAAAGAACCCAGCUGGGAAGAGGCUGUUUGAGGUGAUGGUGGAAAAGGAAAGUAAUUUAUGUGUCGCCGCUGAUGUCGGGACGGCAGCUGAGUUGCUAGAUAUUGCUGAGAAGGUUGGGCCAGAAAUAUGUUUAUUGAAAACCCAUGUAGACAUAUUACCCGAUUUCACCCCAGAUUUUGGUUCCAGACUGCGCACGAUUGCAGAGAAGUACAACUUUUUGAUAUUUGAGGAUCGCAAAUUUGCUGAUAUUGGUAAUACAGUGACAAUGCAGUAUGAAGGUGGUAUAUUCCGAAUAGCAGAUUGGGCUGAUAUAACUAAUGCUCACAUUAUCUCCGGUCCUGGAAUUGUUCAGGGGCUGAAGCUAAAGGGUUUGCCUCGAGGUAGAGGCCUAUUGCUUCUUGCUGAAAUGAGCUCAGCUGGUAACCUAGCCACAGGGGAUUACACUGCAACGGCUGUAAAAAUUGCAGAGGAACAUUCUGACUUUGUUAUGGGGUUCAUCUCAGUUAAUCCAGCAUCUUGGCCAGGGGCACCUGUGAAUCCAGCAUUUAUCCAGGCUACCCCUGGUGUUCAAUUGGUAACUGGUGGUGAUAACCUCGGGCAACAAUACAACACUCCACAUUCUGUGAUCCAUGACAGAGGCAGCGAUAUCAUCAUAGUUGGGCGCGGAAUCAUAAAGGCUCUGAAUCCGGCGGAGGCAGCUCGGGAGUACCGCCUUCAGGGAUGGAAUGCAUACGUGGGUAGGUGUUCAUAAGACUGGAAGGUUCCCAAAAGGAUGAGCCAAGUUCGGGUCCGAGUCGAAGUCUUAUCCCUUUUGGUGCUAUAAGUUGGCGGCUUCUUAAGCACGUGCAGCUGAUUUAUCAUGCGCUCUUUCAUUUUGCUUUCUUCUCUCUUUUUAUUUUCCUUUUUCAGAUAAAGCACCCAGAUCUUCUAAUGGGGGAGCCCCUUGUGCUGCUAUCGACAACGUCUCGAAGUCGAUAAUGAGAUCAUAGGGAUUGUGGACACCUUUUUGGGAUAGUAUGGCGCCGGAUGCUAAUCCUUGUAUCUUAUAAUGAAAUUGAAUAUUUCGCGUAUC